AUGCUCAAUGUCAACAUAUGCGGUACAGAAGACGGCUCGCCUGUUGCUUGGAUCCAGGUGAAUCACACAGGACGGGUCACCUUUACCAAUAAAACUGGGAACCAAGCGUCAUGUGUACUCAAUGAUGGAUUGAAGACUGGUAGUUGGUGUGUUACAAUUGAGAAAAAGGACAAAACGAAUUCGCCCUCCUACUCAUCUACCGGCACUCCAUCUACCAGCACUCCAUCUACCAGCACUCCAUCUACCAGCACUCCAUCUACCAGCACUCCGAAUGACAAACUCCUUACGAUCACCAGUGUUGUUUGGGUCAAAGCUUAA